AUGAGUUUAGAAGCUGCAAUUGCUUCAAUAUUUGCUAACCUUAAUUCAGUUUUGGUCCUUAAUGGGGAAAAUUUACAAGGACUGGAAAAAAGCGAUACUAUAUCUGAAGGUAUAGCUAAUGCUAAAGAUUUCCUUUUUGAGAUUGAAAAGCACUUUAAAAAAAGCGAUAAGACGGAAACAAGUACUCUUCUUCAAAACUUGAUUUCCAUGAAGAAUCAAAGCAAAGGAAAUAUAAGGGAAUACAUUAUGAGCAUGUCAAACAUUGUUUCAAAACUUAAGGCAUUAAAGCUUGAGUUGUCUAAAGAUUUGCUCUUUCGUUUAGUAUUACUUUCUCUUCCUUCACAGUUUGGUUUGUUUAAGAUAUCUUAUAACUGUCAGAAUGAGAAAUGGUCUCUUAAUGAGCUCAUUUCAUUUGUGUGCAAGAAAAGGAAAGAAUGA